UGGACUCCGAGACCCAUCAAAGCGUUGACUUGGGGGUGUUGAAAACGCACUAAUACUUCGUGCCUAUGCAAAUAAUACUAUAUAAGAAUAAAUUAUCUGUUUGAUACUUAUAUAAGUUAGUCAUCACGGGGGGAUUCCUCACGCCGGUUGCUUGCUUUGCUCCACCUGCUUCCCCCGCAGUCGGUCACUCGACGUCGAAUCGAACGGAGAUGAUGAUGAUGGGGAGCCCACCGGAGUCCCACCGCCGCAUGAGCCGCUCCUACAGCGAAACCACCGAUUCCACCGCCCCAUUCAGCGAGUGCCGGAGCGAUCGCACUGGCGACCUCGACGGCCUGCUGGUCUGCUCCGACGACGACUUCUCGGACGAGAUGGUCCGCGGCUUCAUAUUGGACCUCGAGUCGCCCUCCGUCGAGUCGCAGCUUCGCGCCGUCAUGGUGCUCCGCUUUCUUGCCAAGAACAGCACCGAGAACCGCCUCCGCAUCGCCCGCGCCGGCGCCGUCGCCCCCCUCGUCGCCCUCCUCUCCCACCCAGACCCGCAGAUGCAGGAGCACGGCGUCACCGCCAUCCUCAACCUCUCUCUGUGCGACGAGAACAAGGCCCCCAUCGCCGCCGCAGGCGCCGUCUGCCACCUCGUCCGCGCCCUCCGCGCCGGCACCCCCGCCGCGCGGGAGAACGCCGCCUCCGCCCUCUUCCGCCUGGCUCAGCUCGACGACCUCCGCGCCGUCCUCGCCCACUCCGGCGCCAUCCCACCUCUCGUCGCCCUCCUCGAGACCGGCAGCCCCCGCGGCAAGAAGGACGCCGCCACCGCCCUCUACGUGCUGCUGGCGACCAAGGACAACGUGGCCCCGGCGGUGGAGGCCGGGGUGGUGCACCCGCUGCUGGACCUGAUGGCCGAUCCAAAGUCCGGGAUGGUGGACAAGGCGGCCUUUGUGCUCCUCUGCGUGCUGGCGACAUCGGAGGGCCGGGCCGCGACGGUGGACGAGGGCGGGGUGCCGGUACUGGUGGACAUGUUAGAGACGGGCAGAGGGAAGCAGAAGAAGGUGGCGAUGCUGUCACUCCUACAGAUCUGCCAGGAGAGCGACGCUCACCGGAGGCUGGUCGUCCGCGAGGGCGCCAUCCCGCCGCUCAUCGCCCUCUCCCAAUCCUCCAGAGACUGCGAGAAGAAGGCGGAGGCGUUGGUCGAGUUAUUGCGGCAGCCAACCGAGAACGGCGUUAGCCGGACAUGUGGCCAAUUAGAAACCAUGGUUGCCUGACGGGCCGUCAGCGCUCGUCUCACGACUGCAUCGACGGAGUAGGUGGCAACGUGACACAGCAUGCACUCGUUGCUUAGGUAGCGUCCGGAAUCGUCGUCGCGGACGAUGCACAAUAUGUAAAUUUCAGAGCAGGAGGAACCUUUUUCUUAAAUAUAUUUUCUUUUAUUUAUAGCAAAGAAAAAGAAAGAAUAAAUCGUGUA